CAGGGAGGAGCCGGGGGAGGAGGCAGCCGCGGGGGCUGGCGGCCGAGUCACGGAUUCCAUCUGCGGAGCUGACCGGGUGCUGGACCCGCGGCGGCCCCGUGCACCCCGGCCUGCGCGCGCCCGCCGCUCUGGGUCCCCCAGGCCGAGGCGCCCACGGCUGCUUGAGGCCGGUAGGGUGGGCAGAGGGAGGAUCGGAGGGUGCGGAGCAGGCGUGAGGCGGCCGGGGGCCGGGAACCAUGUCCAUGGAGGACCCCUUCUUUGUGGUGAAAGGAGAGGUACAGAAAGCCGUGAACACCGCCCAGGGGUUGUUUCAGAGAUGGACAGAGCUCCUCCAGGACCCCUCCACAGCAACCAGGGAAGAAAUCGACUGGACCACCAAUGAGCUGAGGAACAACCUCCGGAGCAUCGAGUGGGAUUUAGAGGACCUUGAUGAAACCAUCAGCAUAGUUGAAGCAAAUCCUAGAAAAUUCAACCUCGAUGCAACUGAACUGAGUAUAAGAAAAGCUUUUAUCACAAGUACUCGGCAAGUUGUCAGGGACAUGAAGGAUCAGAUGUCAACUUCAUCUGUGCAGGCAUUAGCUGAAAGAAAAAAUAGACAGGCACUGCUAGGAGACAGCGGCAGCCAGAGCUGGAGCACUGGCACGACGGAGAAGUACGGGCGCCUGGACCGCGAGCUCCAGUCAGCCAACUCCCAUUUCAUCGAGGAGCACCAGGCGCAGCAGCAGUUGAUCGUGGAACAGCAGGAUGAGCAGUUGGAGCUGGUCUCUGGCAGCAUCGGGGUGCUGAAGAACAUGUCCCAGCGCAUCGGAGGGGAGCUGGAGGAGCAGGCAGUUUCCAGUUUGGGAGUGAGAAGGACUAAUCGCCUGAGCUGCCCCUGCUUGGGUAGAUGAUAGAGCCGCACAGACUUUCAGCUGAAGAUGGUGAAUUGAACGCACUCUUUUAUCUCUGCUCCCUCUCUAAAGCCCACUAGAAAGAGAGAUUUUUCUUAUGGCGUACAACCUGUGGGGACAUAGAGCACAGAAUAAGAAACAAUACCCUAACAUUGUAGAUCCUGGAAAAGUAGAAAGACAAAUAGUUACUGACUCAACAGACUGGAGAAAACUGAAUCCUAAGCCAGGGCAGGGGAGAGCCUGGGAGUGACAUGACUCAUGCCACGUGCACUCCAGCUGGGGAGAGCUUUUGCUCACCCUUGGCCCUGUGCACCCUGAAAGGUGAUGACUCAUCAAGUUGUGACCGAUUGUGUUGAAAGGAAGGGAGGAGAGAGGUGGGGAGGGUGCAGAGGUGGGGAGCGGAAUGGAGGAGAGCUGAGCCCCAGCCUCUUACGGCGCACUCAGCAGGGUCAGGAUACUGAGGUGCAAGCAUCCCUGAGAAAAAUGGAGAAAAGUGUGAGUGGUUGAAAGCAGCUGCCCUGGGAAACAGGAAGAGCUGGUUUUCUCUAACAAUCCUCGUGGGACCAUUUAACUCUUCCAUCUGUGUGUGUGUAUAACUUUGAUUAAAAGUAAUGUGUAAACUAGAAGGAAAAGAAGGUGGUUCCUGGUCUUUGACAUGUGCUGUCCGGUACCCUAGCCACUAGCCACAGGUGGCUGUUGUGUAUGUGAAAUAUGGCCAGUCUGCAUUUUAAUGUGCCCUGAGUGUAAAAUGCACACUGGAUUUUGAAGACUUACUAUUGAAAAAAAAUUUAAGUAGUUUAUUAUUUUUUUCCUAAUUGCAUGUUGAAAUAAUAUUUUUGUAUAUACUGAGUUAAGUAAAGAAGAUUAUUAAAAUAAUCACAUUGUUUUUCUUAAUGUAGCCACUAGGAAAUACUAAACGGCAUUUGUGACUCGCAUUGUAUUUCUUUUGGACAGCACUGAGCUUGAUAGACCUGGGCUGGCAGCUGGGCUAGUGUGUGUCCUUGGGCUGGAAGUUAAAUGACUUGCCCAUUUUGUCGUCAGGAGGAAAAGUCAUGCCCAGCUCAUAAAGUAGGCCUUGUUUUUGCCAGGGUUUGGCCCUGCUUGGGUAGGUCUGCCAGCUGCAGGGCCAAGAUGCUACCAGGACCUAAGAUAAGCAAAAAAUGUUUCAAUCUGAAAAUUCAGGCAAGGGGCAAGACUUAUUUAUCUUGUUGUCAACACGGGGUUUAUUUAAUAAUUGACUUAAUGAGGAGGUGGCCACCCCGAAUCCUGCAGGGCCGGCAGGUGCCUUCCAUGGGCACAGACCAAAACCAGUAGUUUCUCCUGCCAUCAAUGCUGACAGAGUAAUAACACCUUUUUUAUAAGAACUCUGGUCAUAAUUGGUAUGUUACAUUAUGUCCUCAGGAUAAUCAUAUGUUAAUACAAAGUUGAAAAGUGUGGAAUGUUUAGUAGUUUAUGAAAUAAACACUGUUGGCAUAAGAGUGUUUUGGUGUUUUCCAUCCCAGCUGCACCUUGGACAGCAAAUAGUGUCAGCCUCCUGGAGCCGUUUCUCUUGCGGGAAAACACUGGUGUCUCCGUGGGUGUAGAGGAGGAGCACACCACCAGCAGGAAUGUCAGUCCUAAGGCCUCCCAGCUUCAUGCUGAAGCUCAGAGUUCUUUAAAGACCGUUACUUGAGUAAAGUGUGUUUCUUGACACCUGUUACUGUAAAGUGCUUUGUAUUACCAGGCACUCCAGAAUCUGGCAGGGAGCUGGGCUGGUAGGAUUACCCCAUUUUACAGAUGAGGAGACAGUCCCAAAGAGUUGUAGGGGGCCUUGUCCAAGGUAGCGUGGCAGGCAAGUGGCAAAUCCUGGUUGUCUGAUUUCACAUUAGCCUUCUUUCCACUGUGCUGCACAGCCACUGAGUUUGUGUUUUUGUAAACUCAGGUCCAUACCACCUUGUUGGCAAUUCUGAGAUCUAGAAAGCUCUUGAACAUUUUUUUUUUAAGUUUGUAGCAAACUCAUGUUACUGAAAAACCUGACCUGAACUGACUGUACCUCUGAUUCCUCGUCGUUUCUCCACAGACAUAUCAACAUGUUUGAUUACAGGGACUGCCCCAACCUUUUUGAGGGGCUGGCUAACACACAGCAUAUGCAACCCAUUACUUUUAUAAAUUCCCCAGAUUCUACAGUCAAAAAGUGUCUUAUCCCAACAUACUUUGUCCCAAGGAUUUUGGGUAAUAGAUUGGGGGCUCUCAUCCUCAUGUUGCCCGUUUCCUGUUUGAGAGGACUGAGGUCUCGCUCUGGCUAAAGUCCGUGGCCAGUGCGCUGCCCAGAUGCGGUGUUGACCAG